AUGGCAUCAAUAGUGUCACGGCCUAGGCCCAGCGCGCCAGCACAUUAUGUCCCUUUAGUAAAUCUGGACUCCUUCUCGCAGAUUACUCCAGGACAGCCACGGCUUUAUUUCCCGCACGGCUGCAAGGUUCAGCGAUUUAUCCGCUUUCGGACGGCAUGGAAAUCCAGGGCACAAUCCCAGGAAGGAAAUAAUCAUCCAGGGUCUUGGUCAAUUUUUUUCUCUUUCUUCUUUUCCUUGUAUCAUCAGUACCCUGCAGCGACCCCUCGACCGAACUUUUAG